UAAAAAAAGGUAAAUUCCUCAACCCCGAGCUCCACGCGCCAAUGCUCCGAUGCUCCGCGCAAGCCCCGCGCUCCGCGCAAGCCCCGCGCUCCAACGGUCCGACGCCGAUCUCUCUCUCUCUCUCUCUCUCUCUCUCUCUCUCUCUCUCUCUCUCGCACAAUUUGAGGCUCCUCCAAAGAGGAGCGCGGCGAAACCCUAGAUUGUGAGUGUGAUUAUUUUCCUCGUGUAAUAUGCCCCUUUUUUUAAUAUUUUAAUUCAAUUUCAUUACAUAUUUUCUAUUCUUUCUUUGAGUCUUUUUAAUCCAUUGUUUGUUUGCUUUUUUAUUUUUUAUGGUAUUUUUAAUCCAUUAGAAUAGAGAGAGAUCGAAAAUUUGCUGCUUGGGUUGGAGGAUCUGAUUCUACAGUAGUGGAGGUGAGCUUUUUUUCGUGAUCGGGAGUGAUUGGAUUUGUCUAUAUGUGUAAUGACCCGGACGAUCCGCAACCGUCGAUGACGAGGAAUUCGGUGAGACGAGCACGGCGGGGAGGAUGAUGGGUCUGAGAGGCGAGCCUUUGGCGCUGUUGCUAGUAAGAAGAGAAAUUGGGAGAAAAGAAUGGGAAUUAGGGAUAUGAGAGAGAUAGAGAGGGAUAAGAAAUUGGGAUAGAGAUUAGAGAUAGAGAAAGAGGAGAAUUGGGGAAAGAAGGGUUUAGAGGGGAAGAAGGAUUGGGGAAGAAGAUAAGCAAUAUUUCAUUUCAUUGAUAUCCUGUUGCAAUUACAUUCUUGUGCAUAUACUCUCUACAACUAAGUACUGAAGUUAAAGUAGACUAUCCUAGGAGGGCUUAACAGCAAAAUUGUAAAAAUUAGUACUGCCGGCCGUCCGGGUUGAGUUCAGGCCCAAGAGUGUAACUGUGGUCGGGCUUGGGUUAUCGGGUCGCACCUCUUGUCCGCUCCGCCAAAGGCGGAUAGUGGGUCCGCUUUUCACAUCCGCUCCGAGGAUUCGGCCAUCCGACCCGCUAAGAUUCAAGUACGCCCUUUUUGCCCCAAAUCCCCUGGCUCUGUCGGAUCUCCUUCUCCCUCGGCGUUCCUCCCGUCUUCCCUCUGUACUCCGACGAUGCCCUAAUCCUCGUCGCGCGCCGGAGUUUCGCCUGAACCAGAACCUGGAGAAGAGCCGCAUCACAGGCAUCACGAAGCACCUGGAGAAGAACCAGAACCCUAGCUGGCACCAGGUGUUCGCCUUCUCCAAGGACCGCAUCCAGGCGAACUUCGUGGGCCGCAUCGUCUUCGACCUCACCGAGGCGCCCCUCGCCCCGCAGUGGUACAAGCUCGAGGACAAGAAGGGCGACAAGCUCUCCUCCGGCGGCGGCGGCGGCACCCAACCCGACGAGGCCUUCCCCGACGCCUGGCACUCCGUCUUCCUCGACGCCCUUGCCGUCGGUUCACCCCGCCGAGCUCGCUCCCUCACCAACCUGCUGCUGCCACUUAUUUCAUCCCUACCUCGUAAAGUUGCUACCUUUACUACUCCUCCUUUAUUCUUCAGGCUUCUAAUUGCUUGGAUUUGGUGGUACUCUCCUCGUCCCCAGCUCAGAGGGAGAGAUUGGUUGUGUCUUGCUUGGGUUGGGGGUUUCGAUUGCCCAGUCAAUUCGCUUUGUGUGAUCGGGGGCUAUCGGAUUUGCUUUUUUCGUUGGUGUUCGGGCACGGCGCGCUAGAGUUUAGAAGUGAGGCUUCGAGCUUAUUCACUUACUGAAGCUUUUUUGAGCAAUCAGAUGGCUCCUCCAUCGAAAGCAUAGUAAUAACCCUCGACUCUGAGAGAAGGAAAAGAGGAAGGUAAAGAGGUUGGGGAUGGCACUGCGUGGGCCGCUGGGAUGGUCGGAGGGGGAGCUGAUGCGGUCAGAUGCUAAGCCUUGCUCCAGGCUCAUGCGCCAGACUGCUGCCAUAUUCAGUGUCGGCGGUGGCCUCGCCUUCUGGGUCCUUUGUCGCCUCCACUACGGUCCAAGAAUAACUGUUCCGAGAAGUCUGAGGUGGGCUUCCUGCGGUGCAAUAUCAGUGAGCUCCUCAUCGGCUCUUCUGGUCCGACUUUUCAGUCCUGAGUGCGAACCACAGAAUAUAGCUGCUUAUGAUAAAUCAAAUAAAUAGCAUGCUUUACUCUCCUAGUAAUUUUCAUCUUACUCUGAUUAGAAUAACUUGGUUAAAUGUAUGUUUAUGCUGUCAUGCUGUCAUGGCUGUACAAGUUUCUUAGUUGUUGAUAAAAUCUUCUUAUGUUUAUUUCUAUUUGAAAUGAAUACAAAAGAAGAGGAUUUUGAUGUUCACUUUUGAAUGAUCCUGUAGCUACAUCAUUCCUUCAAAUGAAUUGGAGUUUUCUGCUGUCUUAGUUUUUUUUAUAGUGACAAUUUAACUAAUACAUUAUAUGUGCCAAAAAAAAAAUCUAAUAGCUACUGUUUGUAAUUGUCAAAGCAUUCUUCUUUAUUCUCAAGCACAAUGAAAGGAAAUUUAGUUGCUAUAAACUCAUGAUCUAUUGUGUUACUUAAAUCCUUGAACUGUGGCAGAGAGGUACCAGCUUGAGAGCAAAUGAGACUUGUAUUUAAGGUUGUGUUCUUAGUCAUUCUCUCAUGGUAUACUUGUGGUGGGUCACUUUUGCAAAGUUAAAGGGGACUUUCUUCUUCUUGCACUCUAUUUUCCUCUGGAAUUGUGAUCUCCAUAUAUAUAUAUAUAUAUAUACACAUGACAUGGAGGCUCCUCUAUUUUCCUCUGAACAAAUUGUGUUCUCCAUAUAUACAUAACAAGGACGCUCCUUAAAAUUUUGAGUGUAAUUUUUAUUACAUCACACUUGUGAGGUUAACAUAUGAACCACAUGUGUUAGGCUCUCGAUCUAUGCAAACUUAUGUUUCAACCUCAUAUUUUGGUUUGUCCUGUGCUAGAGUCAUGCAUAUGCACUACUACUACUAUAGCCAGUUUGUGAAGAUACAUAAUUUUAAUAUUAGAAAAUGGAUUUUCUAUAUAUCUUUUUCUAUAAAUCGUUUUGAAAUUGGGUGAUAUACGUGCCUUAGAAUCAAUGGGCCUCUUUUGGCAUUCCAAGCCCAUCAUAGAACUGUCCACUCAUCAUGGUAGGCCUAAUGUGAGCCUUACUUGGUUAAUACUGGCCCGACCUAUUAGCACAGGUCCACUUUGCAUUUAUAUAUAUGAUCUUCAAUUAUCUAUUCGGCGGCCACAUUUUAUUGAAGUUAACUCGCGAGUUUAUUAGGGCAUUUUCUAGGGCUCUUUCCUCAUCUAUAUUCAUCAUCUAUCGCCUUCUUUGCACGCCUUUCGAUUGCUUGAGAAAAUGCCCAAAAGAGUAGUGGCUCAUAGUCAUUGUAUACUAUCCUGGUACUACAAGUGAUCUGCAAACAAAUUGUCCGUUGUUGUAAAAUUUAAUAAAUAGUUGCAUUAUUCUUCUUGGUACGCAUCGCCUCAUGUAGUCAUGUUGUGUGUUCAACAACCCCUAUGCUUUUCCCCUUUCGAGGCUCAGAGAUUGAUGCAGGGGGAAAGAGAUUCUGCAUAAACUGCGGUAAUAAUGUAGCUAGACCCUGCUAGCAAGCUUUAUUAAUUUGUUCUGAACUGACAAGUUGUGCCAUAUGUACGUGAUCAUCAACAAAUGUUUGUCUCCAAACAGAAGAGAUAGGAUAAUAAUCAAGUGCUCCUACUGGUUGUCAUUCUUUUCCUGAAUAGGGUUUGCCUUCUUUUAGUGUUUUCGAGUCUUGGAAGGACCUACGAGCUAGAAGAUUAAUUUACUACAAGAAUUCCUCUCUGAGCACACAUGGCCGGUUUAUUUGAAAUCAGCAAAAGCAUCCAAGGGAGACUUACUUGAAAAGGAACAAUUUGCCAUUGGUGCCAAUGACGUAGUACGCAUUCUAGAAAGAACAUGCUUCAAGGCAGCGCAAGGACUAAUUCUGAAUAGGUGCCUACCACCAUUGCUCUUCGUAGAGUUCCUUUGAUUCCACUGCAGGUGGGGGCCUAUAUAAGGGGAGCCCACUCCCCUUUUCAUCUGAUGCCCCAGAUACGCGCACACACAAGGAAGAAAAAGAGAGAGAGAAAGAGAAGCUUUUCUCUCUUACUCUUUUCUUCUUCGUCUUCUUCUCCAACAUAGAGAUUUUGGUGGAGAUCGAGCUUGGGAAGCUUGGAGGAGUGGUGGAUCAAGCUCUAGAGCACGUAACGGCUCGGGAGACUCGUGAUCCGAGAUCAAUGCCCACUCCUCCAACAUAGCCAUGCCUACACCACACCUGAUCGAAUCUGCGCCUCCCUCAAGGUCGUCGCCACCGCCUCCCUCAAGGUCGAUGUGCCGCUAACCACAUGUAUUCUCCUCUCCACGCUGAAUUGGAUGCGGGCUUCUCCUCUCCCGGGCGACGCGAGCUUUACUCCAAGGUGAAAGUCGCUGCUCUUUGGUGGUGGUCGCAGUAGCAGAGAAGGAAGACACGAUACGGAGAGGAGGAUUUCGAUGCCAACUUCUCUGGUUUUCAGAUCUAUAGACUCUGGAUCAGUGAAAGGAUUUUCCAAAAAUUCUCGCGAAGCAAUAGAAAAGGUGCUGAUAAUAUGAUGCCGAUGGAAUUGGCCUUAAAAGUUGCAAGUAAGAUUAGAGCUAGUGAAUAAUUUGCAGUGUAAACAGAAGAUAAUAUUUACAAGUCGGAGAUUUGGCAAAGAAAGCGACUACGACUGAGUUCUCAAAUGCCACCAAACAAGUUGAAGAUAAUAUUUACAAGGAAAAAAAGGAGAAGACCAGUAUGAUCGAGUAAGGGGUUAUGGGAUUGGUUCUACACCAACACAAGUUUUCAGAAUUCAAGCUCAACUAAGAAAUAUAAAGAAUGACAGGUAUGACCCAAUGAAAGAAGAAGUUCAAAGAUUGCGAGCCCAAAUACAAGAUAUGCAAAAAAAACACAAAGUGGAAAUGAGUGAGAAAAACUUUAUUGCAUAGGCUUGUCGGCUAAUCCGUGAACUUAGAUAGUGAGACGAGGGAUUCACCAUCACUUUAGAUGACUGUGAUUUAUUUUGAGAUUUAUUUUAGUAAAACUUAAAAGUAUCAUAAUUCUAGAAUUACAUUUAUAUGCUCAUAAUUCGUUACUGUUUUGACUUAGUAACAAAAAAUAUUGAGAUGAA